UAUUGGGAGCCGAAUGGAUCAUCCAGCGAGAGUUGUCGAAGGUGUCCAAGCUGGCAUGUAAUGACAUGGAAAGGCCUGAAAGAAGUCAUUUUCGCUGGUUUGUUUUUCUCCGAAGCAUCAUUGUCAUUCCUUCCUGAAAGCUUUGGUACAGCUGAGUUUCCGAGUUCCGCUUAGCUGUACUGGUGGAAAGUCAAUCGCAUCCAGCACUGACUUACGGGAGCAGCCAAGAAGCAUCCAUUCAUGAGAGACCCAAGGCAAGAAACAAAAGGAUAUUGCUUUUCUCACAAUCCUCCUCACAAUUUCAAAGAACCAAAGUUCAAAGCUACCCUCUUCUACCUACUACUAUCUAGCUAGCUAAAGAUAAGAUAAGACAAGAUGCGCUCUACCACCUCCAACGUGUUGCCUGACUCCUUUGUGCCCAAUGAACACACGAUCAUUAUUGGGCGAGGUCGAGUAGUGAAGCAGCACAGUGCCAACCGCAAGUUUGAAAAGAUGAUUGAAGGGAUUGCUGCUGAGUACUCUGCAGCUACUUGCAAAGCUGAUAAAGGAAUGAUUUUGUCUCGUCUGAUUGAUGAGAUCCACAAUGCCGCGCCUGAAGCCGGAUUUGUCAAGAAGGACCAAGCAUCUGGGAGAUGGUAUACCGUGGAAGAGUCACUUGCCCGCACCACUGCUGCUCAAGCCCUGCGAAACUACCUUAGCAACUCUUAUAGGUCUUCCAAGCAAUUCAAGCAGCAGAGAAGGCUCAAGCAGAUUCAGCAGCAGCAAAAGACUAGUACUGCUAGCGGUACCGGUAGCUCUGCUGCUUCAGCUUCAGACAACUCAAGCUUGAACUUGAAACAAGUACCAGUGGCUCGUUGUGUUUCUCCCUCGGCUACUGAUUCUGAAGAAGAAGAUGCCAUGCAUACAUGUAAUCCUGAUGCUGCUACUAGUACUGCUACUGCUGCAGUCAGUACAGGUACAGGAAUGACUGAUGCCAAGACCUUUGCACUCCUGGAAGCUGCCUUCAGCCAAGAGCUCCAAGGGGAUCCUUUCCAGCCAAGACCCAUUGCUCUUGCAAGUCUCCCACUGCAAACUAACUUGAACCUGAAGCUCGAGUUACCUACUGUUUCACCAGUGCCUCCAAAGAUUACAAGCAAUGGUAAAAGCUGCAUCACAAGCACCAGCUUUCCUAUCCUCAAGAAGACCAUUCUCUUGCCCACAGUCACACCUCCAUCUGUUCUAUCGCUGGCACAAAAGAUCAAACUUCUCAGAUCCACUUCCAGUGCCUCUGCUUCACCAGCGCAAGCCAUGGAACUAUCAACUGUUCCGACUGUCGCUGUUUGAAACGCUUCUAUUCUUUCUGUACAUGUACAUGCAUGAGAUAGAUCUUUAGAGUUACUAAUUACUAGCCAUUCAUUAUCGGCC